AUGAAUUCAUCAUCAAAGAAUGGAUCAACUAACAAUAUUAACUCUGCUGAUAAUAGUUAAAACUAAUAAUAAUUAGUUUCAACUUAAAUGGAAUAUUAAAAAUAUGCAUAAGCAUAAGCAUAAACAGAAAUUCAAUAUUAUAUUUAUUAAGACCUAUAAAACACAAUAAACUUAAUGUAUGCAAGAAAAGCUGUUCUUGAGUAUUUCAAAAAUAAUCCUACCCAUGAGAUGAUUACACAGAGUAAUAAUAAAUUAAUUUUAUAAUUAAAUUUAUCCAAUACAAUCCAUUUCGAUUAAUAAUAACAAUAUAAGGAACAACCCUAAUUGCUUAAAUUUUUAAAGGAAGAAAGAAGUAAAGCUUAUAAAAUACUUGAAAAGAUGAUUGACAAUAAUGGUUUAUUUCUAAAUCGUAAUUAAAGCAAUGAUGAUGUCGUACCAAAAUACUUUAAAGAAUACAAAUAAAGAUACGCAAAAUAAGAGUUUAAGAUGAAUGAUUAGAUUCCAUUAUAAUAAACAAAUUAAGUAACAACAUUUGAUGAAGGAGUGCUAUCUAACAUUAUUUCAUCAAUUUAAAAUACUGAUAAUCAGAUUGAUUAAAUAAGAAGGAAUAAAUCUUAUAAAGUUCCUGAUCCAAAUGAAAUUCUAUAAAAAGCAAAGUAUUAAUUUUAUAUUAGUUUAGUGAUUAUUACAAGAAGGCUUAAGGAUAAUUAAAAAACAACUUUCCAAAUGAUUAAAUGAGUCUAGAAAAUUCAAUCAGUAAAGAUCAAAAAAAUGGCACUUGUGAAGAUUUUAUGAGUGAAAAAUUGGAAUUAAUAAAUUAUUUAAUGUUUUCAGGUUUUUUUAAUGAUUAAACAAUUUAAUGUAAUAGUUAGAAUGUCCUGCAAGAAUGGAUUAAUUCAGUAAAAGAUUAAUUAAUACUAUCUCAAUCCUAAUAUAAUUGGGUUAAGGAAUUUUAUUAAGAGAAAGUGGACUUUGAGUACCACCUCAAAUUGUAUUAUUUUUUCUCCAUAUUUUUUGAAUAUUAGUAGAAAUCUAAAGGUGGUUAUGAGAAUUAAAAAAUAUUUAUAUUUCAAAAUUGCUUAAUGAAGAGUCGAGAAUAAAUUAUGUACAAAACUAAAAAAUUCCUUUAAUAUUUAGGACAAAUUGAAUUCUCAAUGGGUUUAAGUCCUCAAAAACCAGAAAUUCUUUAAGAUAGCAGUUACAUUUAUGAAUUGUAUUAAAUAUUCUGUGAUAAGAGAAAAUGUUAUUGA